AUGCCGACUUUCCUAUUCACUCUGUUACCUAGUGGCGUUGGUCACUUACAUGAACUCCUGAGCUGCUUGGCAAAGUUUGAUGAAGAUGUCUCCCUAGAAGCAACAUCUCAAUUUCUCCGUUUCUCAAGUUUAAACAUAUCGAAGACUACCCACGCGGCUUUCAUCCUCAAUUCAGCUUUCUUCCAGAAAUAUCAUUUCUCAGCCGGUUCAGAGGCCCCAGCAGCCCAGAAUCCGCCGCGAGUCUGGACGUGUAAAGUUCAAAUUCGAGCCUUGCUGUCUAUUUUCAAACGCCGACUUGCAGAAUCGCGAGACAAAGACACAGCACUUGAGACGUGUGAAUGCGAGCUCCAAGCAAAUUCUGAUCAGGCUGAAUGCCGCCUGAUAUUCCGGCUCAAUUGUAAACAGGGCGUCAUCAAGACAUAUCGACUCUUCUAUGAGUCCGGUGAGAUUUUACAUGCUACCUUCGAUCGAGUUGGCUCUACCAACCACUGGACUGUAUCAUCUCGAACACUCAGAGACGUGGUUGAAUAUUUCGGCCCGAAGACGGAUCAGCUAGAUUGGUUCUACCAGGAUGGUAAAGUCACUUUUACGAGCUACACGGAGAAAAUCCAGAGCGGCAGAGAAAUCCUCAAGCAACCAAUGCACACUUCGGUUGCUCUUGAGCGGAAAGACUUUGAUGGAUUUGAUGUACAGGAAGGGUUACACAUAGGGACUAUGGUGAAAGACUUUCGGGCCAUUGUCGCACACGCAGAGGCCAUGCGUGUUCAAGUUACAGCCAGAUAUUCGCGUGGCAAUCGACCGAUGCAGAUCAGCUAUGAGAGUAAUGGCCUAGUUGCGGAGUUCACACUAAUGACUAGGGGAACGAGCAAUGUCCCGAAUACAUCACAGGCGAGCACACCCGCACGUGAGAUUUCCAUGCGUUCAGCAUCGCGACCACCCGAGACACUGAUAGGCACUGAAGCAUCAACCGCUGUUAAAGCCAAGCGGCAAGCAAAAUCUGCAGAAAUGCCACCACCCGCUCGAACCUCGUUCCAUGACACCGCUCAACCGUCACUAACUAAGACGGGCUCGCGGGACGGUGCGCCAGCACCUUCCGCCAGCAUAAAUCCUGACAGUUUAUUCAUCCCGGCUGACGAUGAUGAUCAGCAAUGGGACGAGCCGAACUUCGAAGAAGAGGCCGAUAUCGUUACAUGGGACAACACGUCUGAGGACGUCUCGGCUUCAAGUUCCGUCCGUAGGAUUCGUGAUUCAGAAUCACAUUCGUUUGCACAACUACGGGACCAAGCGCCACUCGUUACGUCUUUCCCACAUGAAAUUGCGCCAACGCAGCGACUAUCGCAAGUUCGAGGGAUCUUUGAUUGA